AGGGUUGGUGCUGUGGGGAGCCUGUUCCAGUGCUCAGCCACCCUUUCAGGGAAGAGCCUUUCCAUAAUGUCCCCUCUGACCUUCCCCUGAUGCCGAACCUUCCCUCCUGUGCUGUCCUGCUCACCAGAGGGGACCAACAGCUCCUGCCCUGCUCCCCUUCUCAGGAGGCUCUGGGCUGCCACCAGGUCCCUCCUCAGCCAUCCCUUCUCCUCCUCAGCCAUCCCUUCUCCUCAGCCAUCCCUUCUCCUCCUCAGCCAUCCCUUCUCCAGCCUGAACACACCAGGUCACCUCACAUGUUCCUCCUAUCUCCUGUCCUUGGUGCCUUUCCACCACCCUGGCUGCCCUGCCCUGGACACACCCGCAGAGUCCGAUGUCCUUUUCCUGCCGAGCUGCCCAAAAUGCUCCGAGCACUGCAGGUGGGGCUGCAGCAGUGCGGGGCAGGGCAGGUCCGGGCAGGUCCGUGCCCUCCCUGCCUCCCCUGCCGGGGGUGCCGUGCCCGGGGCACCCCAGGGGCUGCCCGGGGGGCACCCAUGGGUGCAGCGCCCCGCGGGAGCCAGCCGAGCUUUCAGCGCUCGGCAGGAAGGCACAGCUCGGGGCGACUCCCUGAGCCCGACGGCAGCCGCAGCCGGUGUAAAAUGAAAGAGGAUUUGCAUUUCUGCCCAUUGCACGGGGCGGGGGAUGGCGGUGCCACUUCACCGUGUGACAUCAGAGCCCCGGGUGCGCGCAGGACCUCGGCCGAGACAGCCCUGGGCGAGAAGAUGAGGGAAGCUCCUUCCCCUGCUCACGGCCCCGUCCUGCCUCACGCCCCCGGGGCCCUCUCGCUUUGUGCAGCGAGUGAUGAAGUUUUUUUUUCCAUAUCACAUGAGCCAGGAUGAAGGGGGAAAAUCCUGCCAGGAGCAGAGAUGGGCUGCAACUUGAACCCGACCGAGGGGAGACACGGAGCGGUGCCUGGAGAGCUAUAUAAGAAUGUGCCGGGCACAGGAGCAAACACUUUCUCAGGAGAAGGACUCGCAUGAAUCAGCCAUGAAUGUGAAUGAAGACACUGCUUCCAGGAGGCCUGGAGCCACUAACAGAGUCUGUUUGUAUUUCAUCAUCGCCAUCCUGGGUGUGUUGCUCGUCUUUGCCUUGGCCACCAUCAUGGUCCUGGUCGUCCAGAGGACGGCAGCUGAUCCUGCCAUGGAGGGCAUCAAAAAACCCAUCAGGACAGGGAACACCUUUGAAGAUCAUUUGAGGAUCCUACAGAAUGUCACACACAAGGGAGUUGCCUACAUGAGAGUGUCCAGCACAGUGAACAGCUCCAGGCUGAGCCUGGUGAAGAAGGGGCUCUGUGAGUCUGUCCAGUGCAAGAGCCAGGAGCUGGUGAUCGAGAAACAAGGCGUCUACUUGAUCUUCUGCCACUUGAACUUUCAGUUUCCCAAGUGCUCCAAGAGCCCCAUCGACCUCAAGAUUGAGCUCCUGGUGAACGGCACGGUGGUCAGGCAGACAUUGUCCACGCUGUGCACGUCGGAAACGUGCCAGGACAAGACUUUUAAGACCUUGCUCCAGCUCCACUUGACACACCUGAAGGUGCACGACCGACUAUCAGUGACACUGAGCCACCCCGAAUUCCUCAAUGACAUUUCCCUCCCCAACGAAAACGUUCUGGGGGUCUUGAGGUACAGCGAUUGACUGUGAGCAGCUCCCUGGCCUCCCACUGCUGCCCAGACCCUUUCUCUCAACACCAGUAGCCUGCUUUUACUAGGCACCACCUUGGUUUAAAUUCCCCACCUCACCUCAUCCCUAGGGUGAACAAGGGACUCUGUGAGUGUCCCAGAAAAAAAACACUGCGAGAGCCACACCUGACAGCUUCCCUGGCUCAGCUCCAGGUGGGAUCGUUGGACUUUCCAGCACAUAACCCACAGACCCAGCAAGGGUUCCUCAAAACAGUCUGUGCAAACACAGACUAAAACCCAGCCAGAUCAUGGCAAGAAUCCACAAUACGGAGAUUUUUAGGUUCAUAAACUGCCGGCACAGCGCCUGUGCUCAGGACAUGGGGGAAUCUGUUUAUUUAAAAAUCUGCUAUUUUAUGGA